AUUGACAUUGUCAAAGUGAUUGAUCAGUCGUACUUGGACAAGGGUUUUAAGGCAAAACAAGUGUCAGAUCAAAAGCUGAUUGAUAACACAGUUAAAAGGUUCAGUUUAAACAAGGAACAGGAGCAUGCAUUUAGAAUAGUGGCAAACCAUGCUACGGAUCCAUCUGGUGAACAGCUCAAAAUGUAUCUUGGUGGAAUGGCAGGCACGGGAAAGUCUCAGGUGAUCAAGGCAUUGAUACACUUCUUUAAUGAGCGCAAGGAGGGAUACAGAUUCAUUUGUAUGGCCCCCACAGGUGCAGCAGCAGCCUUGAUAGCAGGAUCCACUUAUCAUUCCAUGCUUGGUUUUAGCAAGUAUAGUUCAGACUCU